UCUCUCUCUCUCUCUCUCUGUGUCCGUAGAGGAUGAAUUUUUGAAUUUUGAUUCAUAAUGCCAGUACUUCAGUUGGGAUUCCUCUCCCCCCUCUCAAACUCUUUUCCCGCGAACUUUUCAACCCAGAAUCUUAACCAUUUCCCGCCAGAAUUCAAUUCUCGGGCUACAACGGCUAGAAAUGUUAGCCACAAAGACACGACAGAACGAUACUUGCUGAACCCACAAGCCCAUAUCACUGGUUUUCGAGCAAAUCUAAAAAAUUCUAAUGGAAGCAUCGAAAGCAACGAUGAGAUCAACCAGUGUCUCAACCUCUUGAACCGCUGCAAUUUAGAUAGGACUGGUAUCUAUGAUUCAAAGCAAAUCCAUGCCCGGGUUUUGAAAUUGGGUCUUUUUGGUGCGAACAGAUUAAUUGUAAACAAGCUGGCAAUCCCUUAUGCAAACAAUUCGAGCUUGUUAAGUGAAGCACGCCGCUUGUUUGAUGAAAUUCCCGAAAGAACAGUCCCUGCUUAUGCUGCUUUGAUAGGUUCAUAUUGCCAAUCACAGCAAUGGGAAGAUGUUGUUCUAGUAUUUGGAUUGAUGAUUCAAGACGGUGUACGACCUGAUAAAUAUCUUGUACCCACAUUACUCAAAGCUUUUUCUGCUCUUCAGAGUUUGGAGAUGGGCAGAAUGAUUCAUGGGUAUGCAAUAAGGAAAAAGUUGGAGUUGGAUGUUUUUGUUGGGAAUGCACUUAUUGAUAUGUAUGCCAAAUGCAGGGACUUGAGAUCAGCGAAGUGUGUAUUUGAUAGCAUGCAAGAAAAAGAUGUUGUUUCAUGGACUGCCCUUGUUUCUGCAUUUAUGGAUGAAGGACUCUUGGUUGAAGCCAGGGAUACUUUUGAUUCCAUGCAAUUUAAUGGAGUAAAACCCGAUUUAAUCUCCUGGAACUCACUGGUUUCAGGCUUUGCACAAAACGGGGAGAUAGAUGGGGCCCUCCAAUUAUUAGAAGAGAUGAAAGAGAAAGGGUUUAAGCCUGGAGUCAGUUCUUGGAAUGGAGUUAUCUCAGGUUGCAAAGAAAAUGGGUACCAUGAAGAUGCUUUGGAUGUAUUUCAUGAGAUGUUGUGGUCAUUCGAGGAGCUAAAUGCUAUUACAAUUGCAAGUGUACUCCCUGCAUGUGCAGGCUUGAAAGAUUUGGAUUUGGGCCAAGGUAUUCAUGCCUAUGCUCUUAAAUGUGGGUUAUCUGGAAACAUAUUUGUGGGAGGAUCACUGAUUGAUAUGUACUCAAAAAGUGACCGAACUGAUUAUGCAGAGAGAGUGUUUAUGGGGAUAAAGACCAAGAACCCCGCUGUAUGGAAUGGGAUGAUUGCAGCUUAUGUGAAUGAGGGGAAAAUGCAGGCGGCAUCAGAACUUCUACACCUCAUGCAAAUUGAAGGUUCAAAGCCUGAUAUGAUCACUUAUAACACAAUACUGGCUGGCUAUGCAAGAAAGGGGCAAAGGUAUGAGGCCUUUAAGUUUCUCUUAGAGAUGGGUCAGAAAGGUUUGAAGCCUAACAUUGUCUCAUUUAAUUUACUAGUCUCUGGUUUUCAGCAGUCUGGGCUUAGUGGUGAAGCUUUGAAAACUUUCCGCAUCAUGCAAACCGAUUCAAAAACGAUCAAGACCGUCAUGGAUGGUUCCUGUGGCCAUUUUCCUACUGAAUUGCUAAGUGUCUCAACCAAACCAAACACUGUGACUAUUACUAGUGCUAUUGCAGCUUGUGCUGAUCUGAAUUAUUGGUUCCAUGGGAAGGAAAUCCAUGGAUACAUUCUGAGGAAUAAGCUUGAGUCCAACAUUUUUGUUUCAAGUGCCCUAGUUGACAUGUAUGCAAAAUGCCAUGAUAUGGGUUUAGCAAGGAAGGUUUUUCUGCAGACUGAGGAUAGAAAUAUAGUUUCUUGGAAUGCCUUGUUGUCUGGUCACAAUAACAAUGGGGAGCCAAGGGAGUCUCUAAAAUUAUUCCUGGAAAUUCUGGAAGAUGGCCUCGUUCCAAGCAUGAUUACCCUUGUAAUCCUCCUUUCAGCUUGCACUGAUGUAGCAGCUUUGAGGUUGGGAAGAGAAUUACAUGGUUACAGUUUAAAGAGCAAAUUUGAUGAAUCUACCAUUACACUUGCUAGUGCUUUGAUAAACAUGUAUGCCAAAUGUGGAAGCAUUGUAGAGGCCAGGUUAGUGUUCGACACUGAAGUUGAGAAAGAUGUAGCUCUGUGGAAUGCUAUGAUAUCUGGCUAUUCAGUUCAUGGAAUGGCAAAGGAUGCAAUUGAAUUGUUUGAACAAUUGGUAAAGUCCGGUAUUCAGCCGGACCACAUUACAUUCACUGCACUUCUUUCAUCUUGUACUCGUGAGGGACUGGUGGAAGAAGGAUGGAAAUAUUUCAAUUCCAUAGAAGGUUCGUAUGGAAUUAAACCCAGUUUGGAGCAUUAUACAUGCAUGGUUGGUAUCAUGGGCAGUGCUGGUUUGCUAGAAGAGGCAUUGGACUUUAUUGGAAGAAUGCCAUAUAGCCCUGAUGCUUGUGUGUGGGGAAGUCUUCUACGGGCGUGCAGGGUCCAUUUAAAUCCAGAAAUAGGAGGAAGAGCAGCAAAGUUUCUUUUUGAGCUUGAACCAGGUAAUGCUUCAAACUAUAUUCUCAUUUACAAUAUCUUUGCCAUGGCUGGAUUGUGGGAUUCCGCUAGAGAUGUAAGAAGUGCGAUGAGUGCCCAUGGGUUGAUGUCUAUGAAAGAAUGCAGCUCCAUAGAUGCCGGUAACACAAUAGAUGCAUUUAAAGCAGGAGAUAGUUCACAUCCCAAGUUGAGGGAGAUUUUGGAGAUGUGGGAUAAGUUGGCCAGUGAAAUGGAACACGUAGGAUACUUUCCUCUUGAUCCAAUUUUUGAAGAUGAAGAGAUUAAUAUCUUUUCCUGUAUGCACACUGAAAAGUUAGCUAUUUGUUUUGGAAUCAUUUCUUUGGCAUCUCACCGCCCAAUCUCAAUUUCAAAGAAUGUGAGGAUGUGCAUUGAUUGCCACACAUCAGCAAAACAUAUAUCCAAGAUUAUUGGAAGGGAAAUUUUUGUGAGGGAUGGUUGCUUCUAUCAUCAUUUCAAGGAUGGGAUGUGUAAUUGCCAAGAUAGAUGGUGAGAUGUGGUGGUGAUGGAUGCAUAAACAAGAGCCAUACGCCUUGUAACAUAAUGAUGUAAUUAAGUGUAACUUGAUACUAAUUUUUAUACAACAAAAUAACAACAUAGCCUUAUCCCAAAAUGUAAUAUUACCUUUAUAUAAAGGGAGAGUUGCUCUCCAAUUUUGUCCAAGGAUC